AUGGCCGAGGAAAGCUCCGACGUCCCCAAAGAGUUGAUCGAAAGUGUCAGGGAUGUUAUUGGGAGGAAAAUCAAAAUUUCCGUCAAGAAGAAAGUAAAGCUGGAAACCAAGGGAGAUAAAGUAGAUAACAAAAUAUUGGUGUUGGCAUCAUGUCGGGCAUUCCUUUUAACAUCUCGGAUUCCCACCAAGUUAGAACUAACUUUCAGCUACUUGGAAAUCCAAGGAAUAACAUCCAGUAAACCAGGCCAGUUGAUUAUGGAGACUGAGAAAUGCAGCAUCUCCAUGAAGAUGGCGUCCUCAGAGGAUGUGAAUGAAGUGCUGGCACACAUUGGGACCUGCCUAAGGAAGAUAUUCCCUGGACUGUCACCAGUGAGGAUUAUGAAAAAAGUAACUAUGGAGCCUUCAGAAAGACUGGCUAAUCUCCAGGCCCUGUGGGACAGUCAGACAGUGGCAGAACUUGGACCUUGUGGAGGCUUUUCGCAGAUGUAUGCUUGUGUUUGUGACUGGCUUGGAUUUCCCUACAGAGAAGAAGUACAGUGGGAUGUUGAUACGAUUUAUCUGACACAAGAUACCAGAGAGCUGAAUUUGCAAGACUUCAGCCACCUUGACCACAGAGACUUAAUACCUAUAGUUGCUGCUCUGGAGUAUAAUCAGUGGUUUACAAAGCUGUCCUCCAAGGAUCUGAAAUUAUCCACUGAUCUCUGUGAGCAGAUACUGCGAGUGGUGAGUAGGUCCAGUCGAUUGGAAGAGCUGGUAUUAGAGAAUGCCGGGCUUAGAACGGAUUUUGCACAGAAACUAGCCAGUGCCCUAGCCCAUAAUCCCAACUCAGGACUCCAUACAAUCAACCUUGCUAGCAAUCCACUUGAAGACAGAGGUGUGUCAUCUUUGAGCAUCCAGUUCGCCAAACUUCCAAAGGGACUGAAGCAUUUAAAUUUAUCUAAAACCUCCUUGUCACCUAAAGGGGUGAACAGCCUUUCCCAGUCACUGAGUGCCAACUCGCUGAUCGCCACCACGCUCGUCUAUCUUGACCUCUCAGGGAACGCGCUCCGCGGAGAUGAUCUCUCAAGCCUGUACAAUUUUUUGGCCCAGCCAAAUGCCCUCGUUCACUUGGAUUUAUCCAACACGGAGUGUGCGCUGGAUAUGGUGUGUGGAGCCCUCCUUCGUGGAUGUCUUCAGCAUCUAGCUGUCCUUAGCCUCUCAAGGACUCUGUUUUCUCACAGAAAAGGAAAAGAAGUCCCUCCCUCCUUCAAACAGUUUUUCAGCAGCUCACUUGCUUUGAUGCAGAUUAACCUUUCAGGAACUAAACUCCCUCCUGAGCCUCUAAAAGCGCUCUUAUUAGGCCUGGCUUGCAAUCACAAUCUGAAGGAGGUGUCUUUAGACCUCAGUAGCUGUGAGUUAAGAUCUGGAGGUGCACAAGUCUUGGAAGGAUGCAUAGCAGAAAUACACAAUAUCACCAGCCUAGAUAUUUCAGACAAUGGCCUAGAAUCUGACCUCUCAACCCUUGUAGUCUGGCUUAGUAAAAACCGAUCGAUAAGACACUUGGCAUUAGGCAAAAACUUUAACAACAUGAAAUCCAAAAAUCUCACUCCAGUACUUGAUAAUUUAGUUCAGAUGAUUCAAGACGAGGAUUCACCUCUACAGUCACUGUCCCUCGCAGAUUCCAAGCUGAAGACUGAGGUCACCAUCAUUAUUAAUGCCUUGGGCAGCAAUACUUCUCUCACAAAAGUGGAUAUUAGUGGAAAUGCCAUGGGAGAUAUGGGAGCGAAGAUGCUGGCAAAAGCCCUACAGAUAAACACCAAACUCAGAACUGUAAUAUGGGACAAGAAUAACAUCACUGCACAGGGCUUCCAGGACAUAGCUGUGGCACUGGAAAAGAAUUAUACAUUGAGAUUCAUGCCUAUACCAAUGAAUGAUGCUUCCCAAGCACUCAAAACAAACCCUGAGAAAACAGAAGAGGCGCUGCAAAAGAUAGAAAACUACUUGCUUCGUAACCAUGAGACCAGGAAAUACCUACAGGAGCAAGCAUAUCGACUGCAGCAAGGCAUUGUCACUAGCACCACUCAGCAGAUGAUUGACAGAAUAUGUGUAAAAGUGCAAGAUCAUCUCAACUCUUUAAGAAACUGCGGUGUGGAUGUUGUACAGGAGGAUGUCAAAUGUGCGGAACGGCUGAUGCGGGAUGCUAAGAACUCCAAAACACUCUUACCAAAUCUGUACCACCUCGGUGGAGCUUCUUGGGCAGGAGCAAAUGGUUCACUCUCCAAUCCAAUCCAAGAGACACUUGAAUCCAUGGCUGGAGAAGUCACAAGAGUAGUGGAUGAGCAACUUAAGACACUCCUUGAGUCUAUGGUGGAUGCAGCAGAAAACCUUUGCCCAAACGUAAUGAAGAAGGCUCGCAUCCGUGAAGACCUCAUUGAGGCCAGCACCGAGAAGAUUUCCAUCCCACGCACUUUUGUAAAAAAUGUCCUCUUGGAGCAAUCUGGAAUUGAUAUCCUCAAUAAAAUUAGUGAAGUCAAGCUGACAGUGGCUUCAUUCCUGUCUGACCGAGUUGUAGAUGAAAUCCUGGAUGCACUUUCCCACUGCCAUCACAAACUGGCUGAUCAUUUGACCAGACGUGGCAAACCACUUCCACAGCAAGAAUCACUGGAGAUUGAGUUAGCUGAAGAAAAACCCACUAAACGCUCCAUGAUCACAGUUGAGGAGUUGACAGAGAUAGAACGUUUGGAGGAUCUGGACACGUGUAUGAUGACUCCUAAAUCAAAAAGGAAAAGCAUCCACAGUAGAAUGCUCCGGCCAGUGUCCAGAGCUUUUGAAAUGGAAUUUGAUCUAGAUAAAGCACUGGAAGAAGUACCUAUCCAUAUAGAAGACCCACCGUUUCCUUCCAGCAGACCAGACAAACGAACUUCUGGAUUAAUUUCAGAGCUGCCAUCAGAGGAAGGAAGGAAACUGGAACACUUUACAAAAUUAAGGCCAAAAAGGAAUAAAAAGCAGCAGCCCAGCCAAGCAGCAGUGUCUGCUGGAGUUCCACCAGAAGGGGAUCAGAAUGGCCUCAUGGGAAGAGUGGAUGAAGGUGUGGAUGAAUUUUUCACUAAGAAAGUGACAAAAAUGGAUUCAAAGAGACCAUCAACUAAAAGUUCAGACAGCAGCGAGCACAGUGAAGCAGGUGAUGAGAAGAAGAAAAGGGACUCAAGGAAGAGUGGUUUCCUUAACUUAAUCAAAUCAAGAGGCUCCAAAUCUGAACGCCCCCAGACUGUGUCGGUGGCAGAGGAGCCCUCUUCACCCAAGGUUGCUGCAAAAAGUCCAGCUUUAGACACAAGCAAGAAGGAGACAAAGCCUGCAGAGCAGAAUGGUGGCACAGAGCGAUCUGAGGAAUUAAAGACACCAGACUCACUGGAGGAGGGGCAGACAGAUGAUGUGGCAAAAGCUGAGAGGGGUGACAGCAAGGGAAGCCCCCAGGGAGGCCGGAGGUACGGUGUGCAAGUGAUGGGCAGUGGACUUCUCGCAGAAAUGAAAGCCAAGCAGGAGAAGAGAGCAGGGACUGCAUCAUCAGAAAAAAACUCAAGAGCUGAACCAAAGGCAGAAGCUGGUGCAAAGGCAAGAAGUUCUUCCAAUACACCGACUAGUCCAAAGCCCCCAUUGCAGUCAACAAAGCCCAGCCUGGCAGGACGACCCACAGUGCCACAGAAACCACGCUCUGCCUCUCGUACUGAGGAUGCUCCAGAGUCGCCCUCCGGCCCCAGUUCCCCAAAAAUUGCCCUGCUUCCACCAGUGCUGAAGAAAGUUACUUCUGAUAAAGAAAAGGAUGGUCAGAGCAGCCCCUCAGUCAGAUCAUUUUCUCAAGAAGCUGCAAAAAGAAGUCCUGGGCAACAGUCUCAUGAGUUCCAGGAACUGAAACAGAGGUCCUUAAGUAAAGACGGCCAUCAGGGAAGCAAGUCCAGUGACUCUGGCGAAGAAGCAGAUAAAGACUUUAUUUUUGUUUAGCAAUCAGUACAAGUGCUUUGUAGCGCAAGAGCUUUUUAUAACAAUCGGGGUUCAGCAAUCAACAGCCCUUUUAGUCAGCUGCUCUUUCACCACAGGUACAUUACCAUGCAGAAAACCUGAUCUUCCAAUCGUGAUUUACAAUACACCUGGCAUUGAUUCAGUCCUUAAUUUCUGGUCUCUACAGUGCAGGCAUUCCUUUCCAUGCCUUUGCCUAAAGCCAGCUAUUCUUUCAUGUAUUCUACUUGAAUCUCUCUGAAGCAGCUACAAAGAGUGCCCUGCAUUAGGGCAUUUAGAAAGCAAAGCAAAUUAACUGGACACUGUCUUUCACUAAUACACUGUACAGCAGGUAAUGUGUUGUACUGCUGAAUGUAAAUGUGUCAGAUCUGCACGUGACUUACCUAUAAAUAUAUUCUUGCGGUAUGCAAUUGCACAUUGUAAUUAUAUUAAAAGAGCACACUAAUAAAAAAUAAUUUGUAUAGAUUAUAUAUAUUAAAUGCUUGGGUAUGGUUUUUACAUUCUCCCAUAGGGAGCUUCUUUCUUCCUGUUCUCUUACUGUACAUAAAGCACCAACGCUUAC